AUAAUGUCGUUUAAUUACAAAGCGAGGAAUGGAUGGAGUAAGAGAAACACUGGCUGGGUUUUCCGAGGAGGAGGAGAAGGAGGAAGGUUUUAAGAGGAGGAGGAAGAGGAGGAGGAGGAAGGCUUUAAGAGGAGGGGUUCGGUCCCGUUCCCUCAGUACAUCGAGCAGGAGGGAGGCUGAAAGAAAGAAAGAAAGAAAGAAAGAAAGAAAGAAAGAAAGAAAGAGCAGGGAGGUUAGCAGCGCAUCCCCGGUAGACGCGCGUCCCCGUUAAGUGCGCGUCCCCGUCAGGCGCGCAUCCCAGCUCCAGAUGGCCAUUUAAACAGUGACAGAAGGGUCCGCGCUCAGAGAGAACAGAGGAAAGAGGAGACCACGGACCAAGAAGAUACUGUAGAUGUCACUAGAUGCUCUGGACUGCUAUCACACAGCCUCAGGCUCGUCGGAUACGCGCGUUCGAUCAUCUCUCCGUUCACUUCUUUAAUUGUCUCUUUCUGAGCGGAGGAUCUGCGCUGUGGAGACGGGAGCGAGCGGCGUCUGUGCGCGCAGCGAGCGGGGAAUGAGCGGUCCUGUCGCCGGAGCGCUCGGAGGGUCGGUGGGCAGGACACGGUCUCCAGAUCGCGGCGCUCGAACCCCAGACCAGACUUCAACCAGCAGUCGUCAUCGGCAAGCAUCGACGAGCACCAGCGAGCGCCGGGCGGCGAGCAUCGCGGGAAAAGCCUCCCUUUCGGAUGUAUAACGUGCUUGUGUCCGAGGGUGACCAGUGAGUGUGUGACCAGUGUGUGACCAGUGUGAUCAACAGCAGAGGUGCGAAAAAGUGUCAAAGAACCCAAGUCGGACAACUGGUGGUGGAUCCGCAACCACGUUUACGGUUUUCGACAGUACUACCUUGUUUUACCUUGUUAGAAGGGCGAAGGAAGGACUGAAGGAAGCUGUGGAUUACCCGAGCAAACAAAGAAAACACAAAACUUUCACUUUUUCCAAACACUUUUCCCACGUGAGAGCAAAUCAGAUGUGAUCUUUCUAUUCUUCUUCUUAUUAUUCUAUACGUUCAUAUUGAUGCAUAUUCACUGUGCUUUAACAACCUUCCAGAAGUUCUUCAAAGCUCCGUUUUAUGGAAAACAAAAUGAGACAUAAAGGAGAAGUGUGAAGCAAGUGAGAAGCUAAACAUGUGUCCAUGCUAAGCACACACUUUUAAAGAGGUUAUUUGUACUGAUCGGAAAGGGAAGGGAAACCAAAGACUGUCUGGCCCGCCGUGUCCAUGGACCCCCCGUCGAGUUCUCCGUGCCGCUCCAACAUCCCCGAGACGUCGCACCUGUAAACUAAAUUACCUCAUCAUUUAUUCACUCUCAAGUCCAAAGGAGUCUUUUUCAUUGUGUGCCCUUUUCACCCGAGGGCGGGAUUUUUUUUGUCUCCCUUAUUUCUACAUCUAUUUGUAUUUCGGACGAAGGAAACACUGUAAACGUGGAUGCUUUGCCCGACACUUCGCGAUGCUGGACGCGGCUGCGCUUUGAAGGCCACGCGCUCCUUCUCCUCCUUCUCCUUUUCGUCUUUCUCCUCCUUUUCCAUGUGGAUUAUCCUCCUCACCCCGAACACCUCAGCUUGACCUCGACCUUCACACAGUAGCGCCGGACAGAAGGUGGGAACGAUGCCAGAUUCACCUGCCGAUGUGAAGACCCAGCCCAGAUCAACUCCACCCACCAUGCCGCCACCGCCCCCUGCAGUGAGCCAGGCAGCCAAUCGCAACGCCUCAUUCACACCCACCACAAUGCUAAAUGGGAGUGGCCAUUCGCCGACGGCACUCAACGGGGCCCCCUCCACGCCCAAUGGCUUUAGCAACGGGCCCGCCAUGUCCUCCACGGCCUCAUUGCCCACUCAACAGUUGCCCCCUGCCUGCGGCGCCCGGCAACUCUGCAAGCUCAAGCGCUUCCUCACGACGCUGCAGCAGUUUGGCAAUGACAUCUCCCCCGAGAUCGGGGAGAGAGUACGUAGCCUGGUGCUGGGCCUGGUGAAUUCCACCCUGACUAUCGAGGAGUUUCACUCCAAGCUCCAUGAGGCGACAAACUUCCCCCUUCGACCCUUUGUUAUUCCUUUCCUCAAGGCAAACCUGCCCCUCCUGCAGAGGGAGCUGUUGCACUGUGCUCGCAUGGCCAAGCAGACUCCUGCCCAGUACUUGGCCCAACACGAGCAGCUGCUGCUGGAUGCCAACGCCGGCUCGCCCCUGGACUCCUCUGAGAUUCUGCUGGAGAUCAAUGAGCACGGCAAGAGGAGGACCCCCGACAGGACCAAAGAGAGCGGUGCAGACAGGGACACCCUGCAUGCGGAGCACCUGGCCAAGCGACCAUGUACGGUCAGCCCCAGUCACCGCUACAGCCCCAGCAGCGGCCUGGCAGCCCACCCUCCGCCCAACGGCUUGCCCACGCACCCCCCCAACGGCCUGGCGCAUGCCACUCCCCCCGGACCCCAGCACUACCGCCUGGAGGACAUGGCUCUGGCCCACCACUACCGUGAUGCCUACCGUCAGACAGAGCACCGAGAGGCUCGUGACCGCCACCGGCAGACAGCAGUGCAUGGAACACGGCAGGAAGAAGUAAUUGAUCACCGCCUGACGGACCGGGAGUGGGCAGAGGAGUGGAAGCACCUGGAUAAUCUGCUGAAUUGCAUCAUGGACAUGGUGGAGAAGACACGGCGAUCGCUGACGGUACUGCGCCGAUGCCAGGAGGCAGACCGCGAGGAGAUGAAUCACUGGAUCCGCCGCUACAGCGACGUUGAGGAUAUGAAAAAAGGUGGGAGUGCUGCCCACCGCCUUCCUCCUCCGCCGCCGCCUCCUCCUGCUCCUCCUCACAGCUCCUCCUCCAGCAAUCCCAACAGAAGCACGACACGCAUCAUAGAAAUCCACCGGGACUUUCUGCACAGACCGCCAUCCGGAUACCUGCCCGAAGAGAUUUGGAGGAAGGCUGGUACUACAAGUGUGCCACUCUCACCAGCACUAAAGCACCUCCAAAACAAGCAGGAGGAGGCUGUGAACGAGGUGAAGAGACAGGCCAUGUCGGAGCUGCAAAAGGCCGUGUCGGAGGCGGAACGCAAAGCCCACGAGAUGAUUUCGGCCGAGAGGUCCAAGAUGGAGCGAGCGCUGGCCGAGGCCAAGAGGCAGGCUUCGGAGGACGCGCUCACCGUCGUUAAUCUGCAAGAGGACUCCAGCGAGAGCUGCUGGAACUGCGGGCGCAAGGCUAGCGAGACGUGCAGCGGGUGCAACACGGCACGCUACUGCGGCUCCUUCUGCCAACACCGCGACUGGGAGAAGCACCACCACGUGUGUGGCCAGGGCCUGCAGGGGCUGCCUGGGGCGGCACCCUCUUCCUCCUCAUCCUCAUCCUCCUCAUCAUCCUCAUCUGGCGCGCCCCCCACGCACUCAGAGGGUACCCCGCCUGCUACGCUGUCCGUGGGUGGCCCGGGAGGCAGCGGGGGAGGAGGAUCCAGCAGCGCCUCAGGCAGCCCCAAGGAGUCCAGCUCCAGCAGCGCUUCGCGGUCCACCACCCCGGCCACGCCGGCACUGCUGGACAGCGCCUCCCGCUGACGCUUUGCCGCCACUGGAGCGACCCCCCUGACCCCCCCCAAUCCAACAGAGACCGAGGAAUCUCCAGUGAGACCUUUUCCUCCUCCAGGCCGGCGCUGGAGUAACCAUUAACACCACGGUCACUUCCGCAGCUACCUGAAGAUCUUCUCGCACCUCCUCGAACUCCACUGUCCCUGAGUUGCACUCACAGACACGCUCAUCCACACUUGCCACACACACACACACACACACACACACACACACACACACACGCGCGCGCGCACACACACUUACAGGCAAACACAUGGGUGUCUGCUGUACUGGACGACAUGGCCUAUUUUAUGAGAAGUCGAACCCAAGUGACACGACCAUCAUUGACCGCCGCUAACACCAAGUGGAAAUGAUCAUGGAAUUUGUUACAGAUGGAGCAGAACAGAACAGUAUCAAUGCAGCAGACUGGACAGAUAUUACUCACAGUAAUAUAUGUGGAGCGCCCAGCACUUGGCUGAAGGGAUAUACUCCCUCGGAGCGCAGUGUGCGCGCGUGCGUAUGUGUGUGUUCGUGUGCGUGGGCGUGCCCUCAAACCUCACAGAAGUGAAUGGUACAGUAACAUCUCCUGCAAUAUGUGAAAGAGCUGUGGGAUUCUGCGCGUCGGCACCGCACACACAGCUGGCCUUCUGAUGCUAUCUCAAAGAACAGAUUCCCCACUGCGCUCGGCCUGGUGGGCGCGGUCAGCGCACCGCAAGUGGGCCACGAGGAGGACCUUUGGCCGACCCACAGGUGGUGCAUUUCAGAUUGACGGGAACGAUUCCAUAUAACAGCUGACGCUUUACUCCAUAGAGGAUUACCUUAAAAAUUUCCCUUUUUUGGCUUUAAACAAAAUAAUAAAAAGAAUAGUCCAAAAAUCCUAAAGAAAUGGGAAGAAAAAAGAAUAAACCUGUUAACUACCUUGCUAGCGAGCCAAGAAAACGUACACCGGACUCACCUCUCUGUGCUGAUGUGAACCCAAAUUGACUUUAAAAGAACACGAUCCAAACCUUUCUAUUUUUACUACACUGCCAAAGUUACUAAGAGACAAGGAGAAGCACUCAUCUCGGAACCAAACGCAAGCUAUUUCAGCCUCUCAGCGACAGCAUCCGCCCUGCAAGAGAGAGCGAGAGACAGAAAGAGAGAGGGGGGGACAGCAAAGCAGGGGACCCGGAUGCCACAGCGGACCCACAGCACCCACGGUGUCACCAGCGCUCGUUUCUAUGGUGAUAACAAGGGGGUGUUUUCUCCAAAGUGCCCCUGUGAACUGUAACGCAGCAUCUAAAGGCGACGGGUGACAAACCGAUCGAGGCAGAGACUUUGAGUGAUCGCUGGCGGACCGCGAACUGGAAUGUUCCGUCCCCUUCCUAGUGCUGACGGACAGCCCGGGAGCCAAGGGGAACCUCAGAGGGCCACGGCAGUACUGCAUGAGGACCGGCGCCAAGAGCGGACCGUGCCACAUGAAGGUGCUCGGCGGCGUCGACCUUUCUGGUCGUCCUUCUCCUCCAAAGCAUGCCAGGGAUGAGCAGCUCCCUCUCCUCUCUCUCUGCCUCCCUCUCGCUCCCACCAUGUACCUUCUGCCCCUUCCAUCUGCCCCCCGCUCCCCACCCUUUUGACAGAACGCCCGUGCAGGUACACCUGGGAGGGGACCAAGCUCAUCUGUACAUAUUCCUUUGUACGUUCUUUUUUUUAACAUUUCUCCAUGUGUCCUCUCUGAUGUUGUUAGCCUGUGCCGCUCGAGCGUGUUUCUGUAUCGUCCCCCCCUCCCACCCCCAACG